AUGCCCUCGUCUCAUCUUCGAGAAAUUCAGCUGAAGCUAUCGGCCGCUCUUGGUCCCCAACUCAAUUUCACCCACCGGUUCACCUCGCCCGAGUGGUGGCUCGUACGUAUACUGCCCCAUACUGCCGACUUGGGGCCGAACAUACAGGCAUUUGAAGAAGGGUUAACCGGUCCCAGCCUAUCCAUUCCGGUGAAGAUGGAAGAUAGGUAG